CCUCGACUUAUAACAGCUCAAACAACACAAUCGCACCUCAGCACAAAUCACAAAAUCCCUCACAAUGUUUUUCAUAUUCGGAAAUCUGAUCUAUAUCAUUGUUCUUCUCACCAAUGCCGUCGCAAUCUUAUCCGAAGAUCGUUUCCUCGCACGCAUCGGAUGGUCCAACUCCGUUGCCGAACCAGCCUUUGGCGGAAACAGCGCAGACACGAGUAUCAAAUCAAAACUUGUGAAUUUGAUGACGAGUGUUAGGACGCUCAUGAGGAUCCCCCUAAUAGGCAUCAAUUCCGUAAUCAUCAUCUACGAAUUAGCCCUAGGAUGAUUCAAUUCGAGUUCGAAUUCACAAAUCCAGAAUUCUAUUCUAGACAAGCCGCCACAACCCAAUGCGCGUGCUAAAGACAUGGAUAUGAAGGACGGACAUCAAGGGAAACACAGUGCAAUAAAAAGUAAAUGAUUGCGCAUCGAGGAUGGAGUACUGGACAUCAAGUGUAAUAAUAAAAGGUACUUCUUGAGAAUCUCAGACGAAAAAGUGAUCCCUUUACCGACCAAGAUAGGGGCAGUCAAAGAAAAAAGAGAGAAAGGAUUCAAAAGCGCGUAUACCACAGAACAGCACUGAACAGAAUAUGAUUGGCGUUUUAUGUAAUUAUGAAUUUAGUCAGGCUAGAGGAGAAACGGGGGAGUUCGAGGAUCAGAAGGAAAGGGAUAUUUUAAGAGAUAUCACAGUUUCAUCAAGCACC